CUUGAUAAGCCCGCAAAGACAAAGCUCCUCGUUAUCAGCUCCCACUACCACACGCCCAACUCCUCAUGGCCUCCACCGCCACACACCUCUCUCUCACUCUUCUCCUCCCUCGCCUCUCUUCUCCAUGUCAUCACCACCACCACCGGCACCAACACCACCAUCUAGUCACCAAGUUUUCCUUUCCAACUCGGAGUCAACUCGCGAUCCGAACUCGGGCUAUGGGCACUGACUUCUUGGGUGAUUUUGGGGCCAGAGACCCUUUCCCGGCAGAACUAGAGAGUGGGUUUGGGGAGAAAGUGUUGGGAAAUGGUGACACAGAGCAUAAGAUUCUUAUUCCUAAAACCUCAGCUCUCUCUCUUGCUAGGCAAAACUGUUCUCCUGUUUCUCCUUUGCAGGCUCCCAUGUCAGUCGAUGAUGCUAAGGCUCUAAUGAAGAAGGUUGUUGGUUGGAGGCUGUUGGAUGAAGAAGGGGGACUUAAACUGCACUGUUUGUGGAAAUUGAGAGAUUUCAAAUGUGGCGUUGAACUGAUCAAUAGGAUUUGUAAGGUUAUAGAAGCCACUGGGCAUUUUCCUAAUCUCCACUUGGAAGAGCCAAAUCAAGUCAGAGCUGAGCUGUGGAGUGCUUCCAUUGGAGGCCUGAGCAUGAAUGACUUCAUUGUGGCUUCCAAGAUAGAUGAAAUAAAAACAUCAGAUCUUGCUCCCCAUAAAAGAAUUUGGGCUUAAUUGAAGCACCGUUUUCCCUUCUUCAGCAUAUGCUGGAUUAUUGCUGACUAUGAGCACACCGUUGCAACUCCAUCAGAAGAAACACUCACGUUACUGCUAUGCAGUUGGUGGGAGAUUCAACAUUUUUUGUUAUAUACUUCUACCCAUCUUUCUUCAGCUUGUGUGUAUGGAUCGUUUGUUGAUUUUAUUGCCAAUCAUUAAAGAUCAGUUUUAAACCCUUCAAA